GAUGCUGUUAAUAAAUCUAAUAUAACAUGUAACGGGGUUUGAUCACCACCAGUCAUCGGUAUAGUUGAACUAGCUGUUGGAAUUUCUGAUAAAUGAUUGAGGAUAGACGUCGAUCUUGUUGACAUAACACGAUGUAUUUUCCAAACUGCUACUCCCAGUAGAAAAACAAUAAUCAUGAUAAGAAUAAAAUAAGGAAUAGAUUCGGCAGAUUGUCUCAAAUUGAAUUUAUGAAUAUUUUUGACAUUUUCUUGUGAUUAUCCAACAACUUUGUUUUCAUCCCUAAUCUUUGAAGAUAUGAUAACUUUUUUAUAUUCUGCUUUUGUUCAAGACAUUGAGGUCGCAUGUUACGGCUAUGAAGGUGUUGAUGCAGUGAAAGCCGCAUUGAAAGAGGGCCUUGACAUGUCUACAGAAGAAAAGCCCGUAAAAAUUAAUUUAAUUGCACCACCAUUGUAUGUUAUAACGUCGACCUGUCUCGAUCGUAAAGAGGGUUUAGAUACAUUAGAACGUGUAAUUGAAUGUAUUAAAUCAGGUAUCGAAAAAUAUCGUGGAAUAUUUAAAGUUAAAAUGGCACCAAAAGUUGUUACAGAUGUUGAUGAUCAUGCAUUACAAAAACAAAUGGAAGAUGCUGAACGAGAAAAUGAGGAAGUGUCAGGGGAUGACACUGACGAUGAAGAAGGGGAAAACGAAGGAGGUAUCAGCGGCAAACUACUGAGUGAAGUUGAUGUCGAUGAAGAUGAGGAAGGUCGAAAUGAUACAGCCUCCGGAACAACAUCGAAAAAAACGCAACAAGCCACGACGACGGCGAUAUCAUUGAAGAAGAAAUCUACUGUGGUGGAUUCAGACGAUGCAGACGAAAAUGAAGAUUAG